GGCCCUGUACAAGGACUAGAGACAAUAAACCCCUGGCGCCUGCGUGUGCUGAGGGUUACAGUAACAGUCCAAGGUAAGAGCAGGACUGUGGGACGGCCUUCCAUGUUCACUGGCCUGUUAUUUGGAAAGGGAGCUUCUUGGAUAUUUCACUUGGGGUGGAAAAAAAGUACUGAAAAAUGCAUGGAGUUUGAUAAACUGAAACAAAGCUUUGUCACAAUGGAAUAUAGAUAGGCAACGCGACUACAAAGACUUCUCACAAUACAUUUUUAACCAACCUGAAUUUGCCUUGGGGGUGGGAGAAAAAAGACAGCUGGUCACUGCACAGCCCAGCAGGGGGUUGGAGGCACUGAUGGAUGUGCUCGGGGAAAAUGAGGCCCUGCAGCUGUUCUUUGAAGGGCAUGAUGUCACCGGUGUCCUGGAGAGCCCCGUGGUGGACACCAGCAUGCUGGAGCGGUAUCUUAGCAACGACGUUGACCCGGCAACCUUAAUGAUUGCUGGAAGUGGAGUUGAUAAGAUUUUACCAGACUCUCCCCCUGACUCUGGCUCUGAAGCCUGCUCACCUCCACAGAUACCAGACAUGCACAACAGUGCUUCGUGGGCCACUGGCCAGCACCCCCAGGUGCCGUUCCCCCCUGCAGUGGACUCCAGCAGUGCAUCGUGUCGCUUUAAAGAAGGGGUUCCAGGCAGGCACCCCAGCGUACCUCAGCAAUUCAUGGGGCUGCCGAGCAGCUAUGUGAAUCUUAGUGCCCCGCCCGCUCCUGCCUGUCUCAGCACCGCCUCGUCCAGCUGCUUGGGCACUGCCUACCCUUACCUGCCUCCAAGGCCCAGUCAUCACCCAGGAGCUGUGUUACCAAAAACCAAAAAGAGGAAGCACUCCGACUCCUUCGAAGGGAGUGUGGACCAGUGUGUGUGGAACGAUGUCGAUAGGCCAAAAGGCUCCUUCGCAGUGAAUGGCAAGCAGUGUGCAGAUGUAUCUGGCUAUGAUAGUGAUGGACAGAACGACAGCUCAUUGACGGGAGGUUAUCAGUCUUUAACCUGGAGCAUGUACCAUCCGGGCCAGUGGACAGUCCUGUGCAACUGCAACUGCGAGAGCCUACCUGCUCCGGGUUACCAUGUAGACACAGACAAGGGGUUUAAUUACUCGACCCUUGAUGAGGCUUUCGUGUGCCAGAAGAAGAACCACUUCCAGGUGACUGUUCACAUUGGAAUGGUGGGGAACCCCAUGUAUGUCAAGACGCCACUCGGGCUGAAACCCAUUGAGAAGUUUUACGUGAAAGUUUUUGGCAUCAAGGUCGAUGCUCCAAAUCACAUAAUAACUGUUGAACAGUCACAGUCGGAUAGAAGCAAAAAGCCAUUUCUACCAGUCAAAGUGAGCCUUCCUGGGGACAAGGUCACGAAGGUAACGCUGGGGAGGCUGCACUUCAGUGAGACAACAACAAACAACAUGAGGAAGAAGGGCAAGCCCAACCCAGACCAGAGGUACUUCAUGUUGGUUGUUGGUCUGUAUGCUGCACUGCAGGACCAAAACUACCUGGUCGUUGCUCACAUAUCUGAAAGAAUCAUAGUAAGGGCGUCUAACCCGGGGCAGUUUGAGAACGACACUGACCAGCUGUGGCAGCGAGGACACGCUCCAGAGUCCGUGGUUUGCCAUGGCUGGGUGGGAAUCAACACAGACUCGCCGGACGAGGCUCUGGUCGUGUGUGGGAAUAUGAAAGUCAUGGGGACAGUCAUGCACCCUUCAGACAUGAGAGCCAAGCAGAACAUCCAGGAGGUAGACACCACCGAGCAGCUGAAAAGGAUAGCACAGAUGAGAAUCGUUGAGUAUGACUACAAGCCAGAGUUUGCAUUGAAGAUGGGAAUCGACCAGGCCCAUGAGACAGGUGUAAUAGCCCAGGAGGUGAAGGAGCUCCUGCCUUCCGCUGUGAAAGAUGUUGGAGAUGUAGCCUGCACUGACGGGGAGACGAUAACAAACUUCCUCAUGGUCGAUAAGGAGAAAAUCUUCAUGGAGAAUGUAGGCGCUGUCAAGCAGCUCUGUAAACUGACAGACAACUUAGAAAACCGGAUUCAGGAGCUGGAGGUCUGGAACAAACGCAUUGAGAAGCUGAAACGCAUUGGCAGCAUAAAAUCAGCAAUCAGCGAUAAGAGUGCAAAUAGGACAGUAAGCAGAAGCAGCAGCAUCCCACCACCUCGACAGCCUUUGAAGUCCUCCACACAGGGUCCCACACAGACACGCCAUCACUGUCUGCAACACAGAUUUUCACAAGCUGCCAUCAUUACGUUGGUGAGCACCAUGGCCUUUUGUGUGAUUGCAAUCACAUCACUUUACCUGAUUGACUUGAACAAUGAUGAUUACAUCUUCUCCGGUCUCAGCAACUCUUCAGUCUGUCCCCCGACUGACAGCACUAUGACGUCUGCAGACCCCACCUCUUCUUCAACAGCAGCUGUCAGCACCACAGUCUCUGGCCCCUGGCCCCCCGAUGUUGAAUUCUGCAGCAUCCUCCCCUGCGAUGAGGUGUUCUGCUGCUCUGCAGGGGCUGGCAAUGCCAGUGCUUUCAGUCUGCCAGAGCAGCAGGCAGGGGAGGCACCGAGGCAAACAGGACAAAAGCAACAAGACCUGCCCACAGGCAUCCCUAGAGACACUGGAAAUGAUCAAGACUUAAUUGAUACAACCAUCAAGUCCAUUCACAUUGUGGAAAAUCAGCAGAUUAUUGACAACCGGUACUGUCUGAAACAAAACUGUGGAGACGGAAACUACAGCUACGUCAUACCGCUGAGCAAACACACCCCGGUGAGGAUGAGAAUCACUUUGCAAAUGAACUCUUCAGAAGCCCUGGUUGUCUAUCUAUGUGGGGUCACAGCAGGGGCGCAGUGCCCGGAUUACCAGCACAGAAAGAAAAGAGCAGCGCUUUUACACAAUACACAGACCCGGAGUACAGGACAAGGACAGAAGAACUACAAGGUGACCCAGACUACACAGGGAUUUGAGCAUCAGUGGCCACUUCCAGUUGCUGUUUUGUACUGGAGUUCAUACUAUUUCCGUGCUACUGCUCCGGGUCAAGCGGAUUGUGAGACGGACCCCAACUAUAUGGGGGUGCAGUUUACAGACUACUAUUUCUACUUCUAUAGAAGAUGUGACUGAGAUACUGGAAACAUCAUUCACAUUUCAAACAGCACAACGGCCCUUUAAAAGCCUUUCCUUUUUAGGGUUAACAGGGCCAGUCCCAUGAUGGCAUAGUGUACUACCAGGGCCCCCGAAAAAAGUUAUCGGGUUAAGUUAUCGGAAAAGUUAUUUUUCUAUGAAAUGUAUGUUAAAUAUAUGUCAAAUUGUAUUGUGUUUUUUUACUAUUUGAAAAAACAAGCAUCUUAUGCAGAAGUGAGAUGACACAUGUUUAGCAUUAUUGUCUGUCCGGAGUAGUGAAUGAAUCAAGGUGUUCUGAACGCACGGAAUGAAAAACGUUUGUUAUUUAAUAUGGAUUUGCUGCACGUGAAGUGUUUGGAUUUGUCCGUCAUGAGGUAGGAGAUCCUGUCUUUUAUUCUAUUCCAUUUUGAUUAGGUUUUGAAAGACCUUGCAGUAAAAUGAAGCAUACAGGCAGAGGAAGCGCUUGCAGUCGACCAGCAUGCUCUAAAUGUAGAAAAGCUGUGCAUCAGCAGAGGCACACCGCGUAUUAAUGAAGCACAAGGGCCAUGGUCUCAGAACCUGAACAGGCAGCUUCAACCAUUGUCACUUUAGCAAAGACUUAUAUCAGACUGGCGAGGUAUUGAUUACGAUAAACCCAAGCGCUCUUGGCAGAUAAUCAGAUAAUACUGUGCAGGGUUUAAUUCAAACAAGCAGAUACUUGGUGUAGUGUACCUGAGUGGUUUUGAUAGCUUCAUACGUAUAUAGUCUAUGCUUCUCUACACAUACUGCAUGAAAGACAUAUUGAGACUGAAUGUAUUUUAAGUUAUUAGGCUCUGAAUAGAACACUGUAGGGUGUGCAGGCAUCAUCUUAAUGUCUUUCAGAUCUGUAUGAACCAGACUGGAUAGAGAGGAAGACAGUAUAGAACAGAAUCUCAGAAUCUGUCAUGAUAUCAUUGUAUUGUGAUUUGUACCACUUUGAAUCUGUCUGACUCCAGCUGAAUUGUGGCAUGGCUAUGCUUAUUUUUCUCUAAAUAAAGCUGUAUUUAAAGGU